GCUCCUCGCGUUCAUUUCAUUCCUCUUCUCAUUCCGAACAUUCUUAGCAUCGCUCGCGCUGCACAAGCCCAUUCGAAAGCCCAGCCCGCCCUGCCGCCACCGGUUUUGGGGGCAGUAACUAAUCACUUGAAGGGCUUCAAUAAUCCCGCAAGCCAACAAGCUGUAGAGCCCAAGACGCACACACACAGUGAUUUUUUAAGGGGCAAAAAAAAAAAAAAAACAUCCAAAAAACAACCAACAAGCAAAAAAAAAACAAAAAAAAAACAACACGAAGGCUAUAGACAUUUUUAAAAGCAAGGCAAAAGUCCCCAGGGGAAGCUGGAAGAAGUUUUGAAAUUGAUUUGCACAAAAAAACAAAAAAAGAGAAAGGCUGGUGGUGUUUGCAAAGGUGGGGAGUGGAGUGGAGAACUGCUGCUGCUUAAUUGCACAUUCAAGUGGAAAAAAUUUCCGGAGUCAGCAGAAACAUUGUAUCCCAAAAAGACAACAAAGUCACAGUUCCAACAAAACGAGGAGAUUGUCCCUGGAAAACUUCCUUAGAUAUCAAAGACACAUCAAGUUAACAGAUCACUGGAAUCUUCUUGACCAGAGGGUUAAUUCUCUUAAAGCUUCCAGGCUAAGGCUUGGACCAACCAGCCACCACCAUUGAGCCCAGCAGCUGGAGCGGCAGCGAGAGUCCUGCCGAGGACAUUGAAAGAAUGAGUGAUUCUGCAGAUAAACCUAUUGACAAUGACGCAGAAGGGGUCUGGAGCCCAGAUAUUGAGCAGAGCUUUCAGGAGGCCCUAGCUAUAUAUCCCCCUUGUGGGAGGAGGAAAAUCAUAUUGUCUGAUGAAGGCAAAAUGUAUGGUAGGAAUGAACUGAUAGCCAGAUACAUCAAACUUAGGACGGGGAAGACACGGACCAGGAAGCAGGUGUCUAGUCACAUACAGGUCUUAGCCAGGAAGAAAGUUCGAGAAAUUCAAGCUGCCAUUAAGGUGUCUAGUCACAUUCAGGUUCUUGCCAGAAGGAAAUCUCGUGAUUUUCAUUCCAAGCUGAAGGUAACAAGCAUGGAUCAGACUGCAAAGGACAAAGCACUUCAGCACAUGGCAGCCAUGUCCUCCGCUCAAAUAGUGUCUGCAACAGCGAUUCACAAUAAGUUGGGUUUGCCAGGAAUUCCCCGUCCGACGUUCCCUGGAGCACCUGGAUUUUGGCCUGGGAUGCUACAAACAGGACAGCCCGGAUCUUCUCAGGACAUAAAGCCAUUCGUUCAGCAGGCCUAUCCUAUACAGCCCACAGUCACAACUCCCAUUUCAGGAUUUGAACCCACGUCAGCUCCAGCACCCUCUGUUCCAGCUUGGCAAGGUCGAUCUAUUGGAACAACUAAACUCAGACUCGUAGAAUUUUCUGCUUUUCUAGAGCAACAAAGAGAUCCAGACUCCUAUAACAAACACCUCUUUGUGCACAUUGGACAUGCCAACCACUCUUAUAGCGAUCCAUUGCUGGAGUCAGUGGACAUUCGUCAGAUUUAUGACAAAUUCCCUGAAAAGAAGGGAGGCUUGAAGGAAUUGUUUGGAAAAGGACCCCAGAAUGCCUUCUUCCUAGUAAAAUUUUGGGCGGAUUUAAAUUGCAACAUCCAAGAUGAUACAGGAGCAUUCUAUGGUGUAACUAGUCAAUAUGAAAGUUCAGAAAACAUGACAAUCACCUGUUCCACCAAAGUCUGCUCAUUUGGAAAGCAAGUGGUGGAAAAAGUAGAGACGGAAUAUGCACGGUUCGAGAAUGGUCGGUUUGUGUUUAGAAUAAAUCGCUCCCCAAUGUGUGAAUAUAUGAUCAACUUCAUCCACAAGCUCAAACAUUUACCAGAGAAAUACAUGAUGAACAGUGUGUUGGAAAACUUUACAAUUUUAUUGGUUGUAACAAACAGGGACACUCAAGAAACGCUCCUUUGCAUGGCUUGUGUAUUUGAAGUUUCAAACAGUGAACAUGGUGCACAGCAUCACAUCUACAGGCUUGUAAAGGACUGAACAGUUAUUUAUAGACACCUUUUCAAUAUGACUCCUUAUGAAAAUACAGACUGUCAACCUCAACACUAAGUGGCAGUUUUCUUUGGCUGAGCUGUCCCCAACAUUUUUCUAAACCUCAUUGGAGUGUGUUGAUAAAUAUUGUAGCUGUGAAAUUCUGGUACAGUUGUACAAAUUCUUUCUUAAAACAAAGUGUUCUUUAAAUUUAUAAAGCCACCCUUUUGGAGGGAGACUAUAUUUAAGAAUUUGUGGAAGUUUUAAUUUGUUGUAUUAGAAAAAUGUAAGACAGAGCAAUUGCCAUGGAAAAGCUUAACAGCAGUUUUAAGAAUUUAUGAGGUGUUUUGUCUAAAUUUAAAAAAUCGUGUUUCUAAGGUGCAAGAAUGAAAUGAAUUUUGACUAAGCAUAAAUUAGCACACAAAUUCUUUUUUUUUAAAGUAUCUUCAUAACUGAUUACUGUGGAAAAUACAGACGAAUGUAAAUCACUAAAUUAUUUUAUACUGCAACUCAAUUUCUGUUUGAAGCCAAAUGACAAACUUAGCCUUAAGAAAUGCCUGAUGGGAAUGGAUAGGUCCUUAAAGUAGGCAAAAUAUAUUUUUUUCUUUCCCUCUAUAUUAACUAAUAUUCUAAUUCACUGAAACUUUCAAGCAGGUAUUGCAAAGCGAGAAGACUUCCUUUCUUUUACUAAUUUUAUCUAGUGCAUUAAAAAUAUAAAAUAUUUGUACUAAUAAGGACAUUCGGCUAUUUAAUUAAAAGAUGGCUCGUUU